GAGAGAGAGAGAGAGAGAGGCUAAACGAUGAAAAAGGUGCUACGGUCGUACCACUCCACAAGGGCAGUCUAUAUUUUGGCAAGUUGGACAGUGUUACUCACUCUUCUCCUACUAUGUUUGGGCAUUGCAUUUUCUUUCUUUGAUUUUUCCUUGCAGUUGGGACUGGAAACACACUAGUACACUGUAGCUUAUGCCCCCUCAGUCCUCUCUCUCUCUCUCUGUGGACAAUGGAAGUCUUCUGGAGGGUCUUGCCUCGGAAUUACCCUCCACCAAAGUGGGAUGAUCAUGGAGCAGGAGCACUGAAUCGCGCCAAAGCAAACAAUAGGAACUGGAUCCUUGUCUGGGAAGAUGGUUUUUGUGAUUUUUACGAAUGCGAACGAGCAGGAAGCGGAUACAUAAAGGGGAGAUUUGGAGCUGAUGUCUUCUUCAAAAUGUCUCAUGAGGUCUACAAUUAUGGAGAAGGAUUGGUGGGGAAAGUUGCAGCAGAUAAUAGUCACAAAUGGGUGUUUGGAGACAGUUCAAAUGAAAAUGACCCUACCUUCAUCUCCUCAUGGAAUGUAUCAAUUGACCCAGUUGUUGAAGAUCUCAAUCUGGUGAUUAGCAUACAGAGGAAAUUCAGCUAUCUACAGAGCAUACCAGGAAUCUAUGCUAUACAAAGACCAUACCUACCCAGCCAACAUCCAUACACCUUCAAGCCCAACAAUCCCCAUAUCAUGUUGGAGACCAAUGAAAAAACUUUUAUAGACGAGUACAAGUGCCAACUAGCUGGAUCAAAAAGACAGUAUGUUGAAGAACAGAAUGACUCUCCAGUCAAAUCCAUCAACUUAGGCCACAACAGCCCACAAAAUGGGGUUGCUGAAUUAUCAGCUAUUUGGUCUAUUCCACCUCUCUUCCCUCCCAUGUCUUGCAGUCUUGGAGCUUUGUUAACAAAGUUGCCUUCUGUGGUACCAUCCGAUAACGCCACAGAAGCUCUUGAGAGCCCUCUAGAAAACAAAAGCACUGGCAUUAAGAGUGGAAGUUAUGCUAAAGUUGAUGACAGUGGUGGAGUGGCUCAAGAAGCAAAACAAAGUACCUUAAACCCUAAUUUAGGGUUGGUAGAUGAGGUGGGGGUGAAAUUAGGGUCUGGACCCUUGAGGGAAGACCAGAGUGCAGUAAAUCUCAAUUAA